AUUUCCGGUCCUGCGCCGUUUCUGGAGCGGAUUGGAACCCGGAGUCAGGAUUCGAUAAAUGAAGUGUCUUUUGCAGAAAAGGUUUGCAGAAUGGCAAGUCAGACUCCUGAGGAGAUCAUCUGGUGUGAAGAUUGUGAGCAGUACCAUGACUCUGAGUGCCCUGAAUUUGGACCCCUGGUGACUGUCCAGGACUCUUUUGUCCUCAGUCGGGCCCGUUCCUCUAUUCCAAAUAGCCUGGAGAUCAGAUCAGUGGCAGAGGGCCUCGAGGGCGUUUUCGUCCAACGACGGCUGGUCAAAAGGACUCGUUUUGGUCCGUUCGAGGCAAAGCGGGUCACCGUUUUAGACAAAGAAGGAGUAUUUCCCUUAAAGAUCUUCAAGAAAGAUGGCAUAGUCGUGUGUUUUGACUGUAGUAGUGAAGAUGACUGUAACUGGAUGAUGCUAGUAAGGCCUGCCACCGAUCACCAGCAUCAAAAUCUGACUGCUUACCAGCAGGAUGAAGAAGUGUUCUUCAACACAUCCCAGGAUGUGCUUCCAGGAACAGAGCUAAGGGUCUGGUAUGGCGCUUUCUAUGCCAAAAAGAUGGAGAAGCCAUUGCUCAAGGUUUCAGUGGAGCCACCACUACCACCUCCAGAUGCAGUAAAUACGGUGAUGGUAUCUACAGUGCUUCCGAAGGAGUGCCUACUACCACAGGAGGAGACCACGGUUGAGCCCGUUGAGGAUGGCUGUGACCCCACUUUUCAACCACUUAUAAAGAAGGGGAUCAAUCGUGGAAGGAAAGCUAAGAGUCGCAGACCUCGAGCUGUCGCCGCUGCAUGCAGGACCAAAGAUGUGAAGCCACCCGUGGCGAGUAUAGAACCACUUCCAUCCGAGUUAGCAGUUGCUACAGAGAGAAGCCGCCGUCUCGGGGCUUUAGACGUCGGGACUCUAAUCAAGAGACACAAAGGCCGAGAGCACAAGAGGGUGUACCGCUGCUCCCUGUGCAACAAGGUCUUUCAGAACAGCAGUAACCUGAACCGACAUAUCCGAUCACACGGUGAUAAACUGUUCAAGUGUGACGAGUGCGACAAAUUGUUCAGUCGAAAGGAGAGUUUGAAGCAGCAUAUCUCCUAUAAGCACAGUAAGAAUGUGCCGGACCUGGAAUACAAGUAUAAAUGCAACACUUGUGAAAAAUCCUUCCGCCUAGAAAAUGCCUUGAAAUUCCACAAUUGCAGGACAGACGACAAGACGUUCCAGUGUGAUAUCUGCUCCCGCUUCUUCUCCACUAACAGCAACUUGUCCAAGCACAAGAAGAAGCAUGGAGAAAAGCUCUACUCCUGUGAAAUCUGCAACAAGAUGUUCUACCGCAAAGACGUCAUGCAGGAGCAUCACAGGAGGCAUGGUGUCGGUCCAAAACAAAUGAAGAGAGAAGAGACCAAUGGAGAAGAAGCCACAAAGUACAGAAAAGAACCAUCACCAUGUCCCAUUUGUAGCAAAGUGUUCUCCUGCCGCAGUAACAUGAACAAACAUCUGCUAACUCAUGGCGAUAAGAAGUACAUCUGUGAGAUCUGCGGCCGCAAGUUCUUCCGAGUGGACGUGCUUCGGGAUCACAUUCAUGUUCACUUUAAGGAUAUAGCCUUAAUGGAUGAGCAGGAAAGGGAGGACUUCAUCAAGAAGAUCGGAAUUUCAGCAGGUGACAGCGACGAGAAGGAUGAUGAAGAAGAUGUCAAUGACCCUGAGCGCCACAAGUACAACUGCAAGAAAUGUCAAAUGUCAUUUGCCAAAGGCCGAGAAUACCUUAAGCACAUCACUGAACAGCAUAAAGAGCGAGGCUACGGCUGCGCUAUAUGCAAUCGACGCUUUGCACUCAAAGCUACUUACAACGCUCACCUUGUCAUCCACAGAGAGCAGCUGCCUGACCCUGCCGUGCAAAAGUAUAUCCAUCCCUGUGAAGUUUGUGGGAGAAUCUUCAAUAGUAUCGGGAACCUGGAGAGGCACAAGAUCAUCCACACUGGGGUGAAGAGCCACAGCUGUGACAAGUGUGGCAAAUCCUUUGCAAGGAAGGACAUGCUGAAAGAGCACCUGAGGGUCCACGACGACAUCCGAGACUUCCUGUGUGCAGAGUGUGGGAAAGGCAUGAAAACCAAGCAUGCUCUCCGACACCACAUGAAGUUGCACAAGGGUAUCAAAGAGUAUGAAUGUAAGGAGUGUAACCGCAAGUUUGCCCAGAAAGUCAACAUGCUAAAACACUUUAAGCGACAUACAGGUAUAAAGGACUUCAUGUGUGAGCUGUGCGGCAAGACAUUCAGUGAAAGAGCAACUCUUGAGACACACAAACUGAUUCAUACAGUGGGAAAAACGUGGACUUGCGCUACCUGCGAUAAGAAGUAUCUGACAGAGUACAUGCUGCAGAAGCAUGUGCACUUGACCCAUGAGAAGGUAGAGGCCCAGUCGUGUUACAUCUGCGGCACCAAGGUUUCCACGAGGGCCUCAAUGAAUCGACACUUGCGACGCAAACACCCUGAAGUUGUGCCUGUGAGAAUUGAGGAUUUUGAUGAGCUACAGGAAUCCCAGACAAUCAAUGACUCGCCCAUCAACGUCGUGCAGCCAAGCCUGACACUGGAAAAAGAUGGCCAAACUCAUGAAAGACUUAGCCGAACUGCACGCCAUGCCAAGAAGAAGCUUAGAGUUACACCAGAGUCAGAACUCUCCGGAUCAGAUGAUUAUGUUGAUUUUGAAGAGCAGCAUCCUGAAACUCUGCCAGAAUUCAACACUGUUGUUAUAGGCGAAGAAACAGAAACGAGCUCUGCAGUGCAAAGUAUCCAACAGGUGGUGGUUCUCGCUGACCCCAACGCUCCAACCACUUCCUCCCAGAACAACUCAGUUGGGCUGAGCAACAUCACGGUCACACCAAUCACCAGCCCAAAUACCGCCCAGUUCACCAGCCUUCAGCCCGUAGCCGUCGGACACCUGACAGCCGGGGACCGGCCAAUCUCACUGGACAACUCCAUCCUCACUGUCACCUUCGACUCUGUCAGCGGCUCAGCCAUGCUUCACAACAGGCCUACCGACCUUGUCCAAGAAUCUGUCGGCCACACGGGGGGACCGUCGACACAGUCUGUCGCACAUUUUAUCAACCUUGCCGCUCUUGUCAACCCCAUGGGCCAGCAGCUUGAAUCCCAGACUAUGGCCUGGAGGCCAGUACUGGCGGCCGAGGGCGGCCAGGUCGCCCCUGUGGUCGGAGGUACCCAGGCGAAGGUUCACGAGGUCGAGAGUCAAGGGCCCGAGAGGGAGCGGACAGGCCAGAGUCAGCCGCCCACGCCACAGCAGCAAAGCGGCACUGCACAGCAGAUGUUCAGCUACUAA